CCGUUACAGACGUGUCUCUGACGUCACUUCCUGUAAACACGAAUUAAAAUUUGGCGCACCUGGUUCGAAUUUUCAGUUCUGAAAUAUGAAGUGACACGUAGGAAUUUGAUCUGUAAGCAGAACAAGAUGGCUUCAUUUGUUGCAGAAGUCUUGUCUUCAGCAGCCCAGCUGGAGAAAGAAGAAAUUUUGGGCAAACUGAGCACUCUUGCUAAAAAGACAGAUGAAAUGAAGGCUGAGGUACAAGACCUUGUGACAAAGAAGUAUAAGGAAUUUGAUCCUUGCUAUGGAGAAUCUUCUGAGCUUGCUGAGAAGGUGCAAGUGCUCUCAGAAGAAAUGUCAUGUGUCACAGAGAAGAUUGAAUCUGAGAUUCGAGGGCAGUUGAACAUGUCAACAGGAGAGUUUCAGAGUCUUACCAGGGAACUCCAGGAGAUGACAUCAGUGAUGACUGUCCUGGAGAGGCUGGCCAAGUUCCAGGACCUGCUGGAGAACAGAGAAAAAGCCCUAAGGGAGAAGAAGUACUCAGAGGCUGCUGUCUGCCGAACGGUGUAUGGUCUGCUUCAGCAGACAGUGCAUGACCGACAGGGCGAGAUGACCAUCAUGGCCAGUCUCCGCACAGAGUGCGAGGUUCAGAAACAAAAGUUCAUCUUCGACCUGGGUGAUGUGUGGAAGGAGCAUAUAUUCUGGACCACAGCUGAUGCCAGUGCAGGAGGAGAGUGGGAGCUGAAACUUGUGACAGGCGAAACAGAAGCUGAGGUGGUUCAGGAGAUGGUAGUUGCUAUGGCAAUGAUGGAGGUUCUUCAACUCAAGAUAAAAAGUUUUGGAGAAAAAUUGUUGAGUUGUUUCAUCAAACCUCUUGUCUUGAAUGAGAAAGUAUUUAUUGACACCAAGUCAGAUUCUAACACAAACAUUCUGUGGGUUUCAGUGACUUCCAGUAAAAAGGUCACUGGUAGUUAUGUAACUGUUCUUGACAAUAUGUUCAGUAUGCUGCAUUAUCUGAAUAUUAAAUUCCUGAAGUUCACAAUAGCACCCGACUCUUCUGUAACCCUGAUGGAACUGCUAGGGAUGGAGAUCUCCAACCAGGCAGUGGAUGUAAUUGUGAAGGAGUGCCUCUCUCGUGCAAUACCCACCAACAGGAAGGACCUAGAACACUUCCAGGAAGUUGUGGCCAGGACAGAGUUGUUUCAGACGCAACUCCUGGACAUGGGUUUCAUCAAAUCGGACAACUCCAUGUUAACCGACUAUGUCCUUAAUGUGGAUGUUUUAUUUGCCAACAAGAAAUGCCAGGAGAUUUUGGAACAGGCUCGACAGAUGAUGACUUCAGAGAUACACAACACCACAGUCAUAUCGGAUGACCAACCAUUAGGGGAGGUAACUCAGCUUGACUCUGGUCCAUCCAGUAAAAAGACAAGGAGGGUGGAGAUCAGCUGUGAGGUGCCCCUCAGUGGUAGCACAUUCAAGAUGCCAACUUGUCACAUUAGCUCUUCAGUAAACUGUCUGAUGAACCUUGCCUACGAAACCCUCCAUGAGGCCACAGAGAGCUCGCCUCAGUGUGCUAUCCAGAUGUUUUAUGCUGUGAGGAACAUCUUUGAGCUAUACUGUGGUGUGUUCCCCACAUACCACAGACAGAGUCUUGCCACACUCCCUCAACUCACAGCUUUACACCACAACAACUGUAUGUUUAUCGCCCACCACUUGAUGACUCUAGGACAUCAGUUCAGCAAGAAGCUGCCGGCAACUCUCAAUGCCACAUUUGUUGACCUGAUCAUUAAAAUCAAGAAAAUAGGCACAGAAAGCUUCCAGGAGCAGCUGAACACUCAGAAGACCCAGAUCUCCGAGUCACUGAAGGGAUCAAAUGGUUUCAGCGGUGUGUCGGACGACGAACAAUACUUUGCAGCUGAACGGUCCAUUAAGCAGUGCCUCCAUCAGCUGACCCACCUGCAGAAUGUGUGGCAGGAAGUACUGCCUGUCAACAUGUACAGAAAGGUUAUAGGAAUGCUGGUAAACACAAUGGUGUCGGAGCUAACAGAUUACAUCUGUGUCCUUGAGGAUAUCUCCUCCGACGACGCCCGACAUCUCCACAGUCUUCUCUCCAUAGUGCUGGAGAAGGCGGGACCGCUGUUCAACACCCCCACAGACAAGGCAGACAACUUGGAUGUCGAGCUGCAGAGGAACGUAUCCAAGUGGCGCAAGUUCAAAGAACUCCACCUUGUUCUGAACGCAAGUCUACAAAAGAUUAGUGAUCGGUGGGCAGAGAAGAAGGGGCCUCUGGCUCUUGAUUUCUCCGCAAAUGAGAUUAAGCAGCUCAUAAGGGCCUUAUUCCAGAACACUGACAGAAGAGCUGCCGUACUUUCAAAAAUUAGAUAACUUUAAUGAGAUUAUAAUGGUGUUGAUAUUUCCAAUCCACAGAAAGAAUGUUGCUUUAUUUCUGUUGAUGUGCAGAACCUUUUAUACAUAUGGAAAAUGUGAAGUUACUGUUCCUCAUGUUAUGAAAAAUUAAUGUUGAACUUGGAAUGUAAAGUUCAUGAAGUUAGGCGUUAUUGUUAUUUAAAGACUGAUAAUCAUGUUUCUGAUAACAAACAUAUGUAUAUAAGAGUAUGUAUGUAGCGGGUCUCAGACUCUACUCACAUGAUGUGCUCUAAUUUUAAACUUUUCCUAAUUUUUCAUCCCAAUAUUGUUUCUAGUAUGGAUUUUCUUAAUCAGAAAUAUGUUCAUUGCAGUGAACUUAGGUUUUUAUGACAUUUUGGGUGAAAAAAACCCUGCUUCCUCUACAAGUACUUAAAUUUACUGAAAUUAUACCUGAAGACACAGUCAACUGUGAUCCCUUAGGCAUAGACUGCCACAAUCUUAGGUGUGUUGGUUGGCAUGGAAAUGGGGCGGUGGGGUAGCCUAAUGGUUAAAGCGUUGGCUCGUAACGUUGAAGACCUGGGUUCGAAUCCCCACAUGGGUACAAUGUGUGAAGCCCAUUUCUGGUGUCCCCCGCCGUGAUGUUGCUGAAAUAUUGCUAAAAGCGGCGUAAGCCAAACUCAGUCAGUGGCAUGGAAAUCUUACUUGAAAAUUACGGAAGGUCUUAUUUCUUGGAGCCAUGCCUACUGAUUGAACUCUAAUGCUUCAACCUUUGAAGCAGUCACUUGUAUACAGUGCUGUACACUGCUUUUCUCAAGAUCCAAAAGGUGAAGCUGCUGGUUAUGUUUAAUGAAUUAGUCUGAAAUGAGCAGUGGACUUGUUUGAUUUAAUUGAAGGUAUUUAACUGUGAAGUGUCUACAAGGUUUUAUUUUUGUAGGUCAUGGAUUCAUAAGUGCAGUAGUGCACUACUGCAGGCUUGUCUCUGUGACAAGCUUAUUAACAUUGGGGUGUAUGAACAAGAAUACUGUAUCAUUAGGUCAUGUGUACCAGUUGAUACAUGUAUAUAUUCUGGUUACAUGUUGAAUGAAACGAACAUUAUAUAAGAGGUAUUUCCAGCAAGUAUUUACAAGAGCUUGCACAUCACUGCUUAUUGACUUAGAAUCGCUUAGAAUGGGCUUCCAUCUAUUCCCUUUAUUGUCAGUGUCCAUGCAUUUUAUGUUUAUUGCAUUUAUACAACCCUUGUUUACAAUAACAUAUUUUGAAGGUAUAAAAUAUAAAUGUUUUGUUUCAGCAAGCAAUGUCUUUCUGCUACACAACGGAAUGUUAGUUCCCUUUCAUGUAAUAGAGUAUAGUGGAGUUGGGUUUUACGUCACAUUAUUCCAGCCAUAUAGUUUAAGAGAUCAAAUCUGCAUUCGUAAACAUUUUAAGUACAAAGUCCAAAUGAGUUUUAUUUUAAAAACAUAUGUAUUCAUUACAUUAUUAUUUAAAAACAGAAAAUGUCAUAGCACCCAAUUCAAAAGCAAGCAAUU